CAGGAAAUCAUUCCCGCUUUCCCCCUUGCCACAAAUCGGGCCAGGCUUUGGUGAGCAUGGAAGGGAGCGCGGAGUCAGAGAACUCUUCCUACUUCUCCUCAUGGGACUGGAAGACUGGGCCUCUGGAGCUCAGCCAGAGCUCAUCUCCCCAGAGCAUCUCUCCAUCCCCUUCCUUCGAAUCCUAUGCAUCCUCGCCUUGUCCCCUUGUGAUGGAGAUGCCCUGUGCCAGCAGCAGCACCGACAGCAGCAACAGGAGCUAUAACCUGAUGGACUUUCCUCCUGUCUAUCUCCCGGGCCCUGGCCAGGGCAAAGCCCUAGCCAAGGGCUCCAAAGUCAGGAUGUCCGUUCAGCGCCGGAGAAAGGCUAGCGAAAGGGAGAAGCUGAGGAUGAGGACCUUGGCCGAAGCGCUGCACACUCUUCGCAACUACCUGCCUCCCGUCUACAGCCAAAGGGGUCAGCCUCUCACCAAGAUACAGACGCUGAAAUACACCAUCAAGUACAUCAGCGAGCUCACAGACCUGCUGAACAGCAUCAAGCAAGUAUAGAGAGGCCUGGGAGACUCUGGGAAGGUUUCCUCACUGAGAAAGCAGGAGUCUUUCCCCCCUUUCUUUAAGGAGUAACUUUCCAUCGGACAAGCGUGGACCUGUUCAGAAGCUGCUCUGCAAACAAGCUGAUCUAAAGGGAGCUGCCCACAGUUGCAUGUUUGUAUCGGACGAGGCAAAGGAGGACCAGAUCUCAGUCAGGAACAAUGGUGACAGUGUGGUUUUGAAAGGAUCAUGAUUCCACAGAACAAUUUUUUAAAAUUAAUUAUAGCUGACCAAAUUUCUUCUGCUUAGGUAUGCUUUUGAGUUGGUGAUCUGUGGACUUCUUUCAUUUUUUUUCUUUUUAAACCCUGUAUGUUUGCUAUCAUGUCUCUUUGCAGUUUGUAGGCACUUUAUAUUAGCUGCAGGAUAAAUAUGUGUAUGAUUA